AUGGCGACCGUCGCCAGCUCGCUGCCGGACCUGCCGCUGGAGCAGCUGGCGCUCUACCACGCCUCCGAUCCCUUCCUGUCGUCCGUCCUGAUCUUCCAUGGCCCCGUCGCGACUGCCAACGCGACCGUCAGCAGCUCCCGCAUCCAGGCGCACAUCUUCACCGCGGCCGGCUUCCAAUGCUAUCCUCGCCUCACCGUGUCCCCCGCUGCGCCCUUGUAUGCCGCCGUGAACCACCUGCCCCGCGAGAAACAGGGCGACGAGAUAUGCCGCGGGCUGGCCGUCAGCAUCCUGAAAUACUUCACCGAGCUGUCCCCCACCGUCAAGGACGCCUUGGUGCAGAUCACCAAGGCCGGGAAACCGUCUGGGAAGGCCCCCAAGAUGUUUGAAGAGACCCAUGCGGCCGAUCUGGCAAAUCGCAUGACCAAGAUCGAGAAUACCGCGGAGAUUGUGCGCGAUCUGCGAGAUGCAUAUCGGGAGAAGAAGGUUCCAUGGAUUGAUGUGGACGUUGUGCUGCCUCCUGGUUCGAUUCUGCCGCAAUCAGAACGGAAUGGUCAGGACGGCGCUGGCUCAGAAGAAGCAAUCGACGACCACCACGAUGAUGAGCGAUAUGGGAAAUUCUCUCCCCUCAUCCAGGCUUUUGGAGAUCCUAUUUUCCUCCCAACCUCCCGUCUGCGACGAGCGCCAUCUCAGCCAAGCAAUCUCAGCAAGUCCAAGAUCUUCACCAGGAGUCAAAAGGAAUCCCUUCGCCUCGCGAUGUGCGAGGUAGUCGAUACUGAGGAACGAUAUGUCAGCAAGCUCUAUGAGCUGGUGCACAAUGUCGUGGAGGAAUUUCGGCAGAAAGCCCGCAGCAAGCCCCCUUCCAGUUCCAGUCCGGACGAAUCUGCCCUGGCGAAACUGUUUCCACCCUGUCUGAAUGAGAUCCUGGAGGUCAACAUGGGCUUCCUGGAUGUCAUUCGUCAAGUCCUCGAGGAGACGGAACAGGAUGCUCUUGCAGAUCUGGCGGAGGACACAGAUCUACAUGCAGCUAUCUCGAGCCGUGCCUUGUCAAAGCAUGGCAAGGAUGCAAUGGGGGCAAUUGCCUUCGCGAAUGCCCUCCUCGAAUGGUUUCCGCGCUUCUCCAAGCCGUACGCAGAGUACAUGCGCGCCCACACCGGAUUUACCCAGACCUUGAACUCAUUCCUAAAAGACAGCAAAUCGAGUUUCUCUCGCAGGGUCUAUGAAACUGGAGAGCAAAAACUACGGUCACUGCUGAUGGAACCAGUGCAGCGCCUUCCUCGAUACAGCCUUCUGAUCGACACCAUGACCAGCAACCUUCCCGCUAUCCACCCGGCGGUGCGGCCCUUUCUAAAGGCCCGAGAUAUCAUCAAAGACAUCUGCUCGUUAGACAACCCCGCAAACACCGAUCACGCCCGGAGUUUGAGGCGAGUGAUGAGCAUGGUCGAGUUCUGGCCACCAUCGGUUGUUCCCGCAGGUCGGUUGAUUACCGCGGUAGACUCGAACGAAGUCUUCCCACCGUACCGGAGCGACGCUCAGGAAUCAGCCUCCAAUGCGACCUUGGUGCUGCUGUAUAAGAAUUGUUUGGUCUUAUUGUCCAAGAUACCGGGAUCAAACAUGACGGCCCGUGGACUGCUGUCAGAUUUGGAAAACCAAGCGAUCAACGUGAACGAUCAGUCGAUGUCGCAAGGUACAACGGAAUUCAGAUUUAUGAGAGCAUUCGAUCUGGAUAAUUUGCGCUGUAUGCAGUCUGCGUGUGGACGGAUUCUAUAUCUUAUGCCCGCUACCAGGGGUUCUGCCGGGACGCCCCAGUCCACUCGAGUGACACCGCAUGCUUUGGAAUUAACGGGCAUGUACGAAGGUCGGGCGAGCCGAUUGAUUGAAGAGAUUGUCAAGGCCAAAAUUGAGGGACGAUUCUCAGAACGUGAACGGGAGAGCGAAAAGUGGACCCUGAGAAGUCCUGCGGGAACUUCUGGAAAUCUCGGGAUUCUGGCAUCGAUUUUUGAGGACGAUCCCAGUGGUGAGAUGAACAGGACUGGCGAGUCGAAUAUCCGGAUCGUCUUUGAUACUCCCAAGGCGGUCCGGACAAAGACAUUGGAAAGUUCCUCUUUGGAGGCGAUCGUGUCGGUGUCGUCGGUCGACGAGAACCAGUACAAAGUCGAGAUCGAUGCCAUCACCGGUGCUAGCACGGCGGACAUUGUCGCAGCAGAUACAUUCAUCCCUGUCCUUUCGAAGAGACUUUGCAACCUGCUUCUGCCUUUGCACCAACCACAGAACCCAGCCUUAACGGAGACAAUUGUCUAUUCGAAUUUUGACAUUCUCCGCCAAGUUGCCAGCCAUAUCAUGGCUCAAACCACAAAGGUUCCUCGCACUUUCCGGCCACCAUCCCCCUCGAAGUUGAUCUCCACCCUUUGGGGCGGUGGAAGCCAGCCAAAAGAUCCCCCUUCGCUGUCCAAGGCAUUCAACCCCAAUCCCCUCUUGGGGGAAGUUCCGAAGAUCACCCCGACGAAAGUCAGUGCCGUGAGGCCCACGACGCCAUCCACGCCAGUUGCACUCGACGAGACCACCCCCAAGAUCUCGAUCGUCGCACCAUCGUCGGCGAACAAGGAGGACCAUCUUGGCCUUCUGGAGCAGACGUUCUCCGCCUACAUUUUGGCGUUGCGUUCCAGAAGCGGCAACAUUGUGGGCCGCACUCUUCGCUCCAGGAGAAAUGCAGACAGGUCCGAGGUUAAUGAGCUCUACAACGUUUUGCUCGAAGAUCCAGGGAAGCUCCAGGCUGCCGCCGAGGUUCCAGUGGAUGUUCUCUUUGUCGCAUUCGAGACAUUCAUUAUGCAUGCCUGGAAAGACGAGAUUGGGCCUAUUCUUUCCCCUUCGGUGUUGAAGACGAUCCAGAGCAAGUUUGAUUCCUUAUUCCCUGGGGAAUUUGAGGUCUUCUUUCGAAAGACGCUAGGGGAAAUGAGUCCUCAAAAUCGGCGUGCACUCACUGCAAUGAUACGUCUCCUUGCAGAACUUCUGGAGGCCUCCGGAAAUGAUGGCGAUCGAGGUGCUUUGACUGCGGCAUUUGCCGAAAUCCUUACUGAGGAUGACGAUCCCAUGCAACAUGUUUCACUCUUGGAUCGUCUUGUCGACGACUUCGACAAUCUCUUUGACGAUUCCGCUCAGGAUGCGGUAUCUCACGAGACCACACCAAGCAGGCCUCUCUCGGCCAGCAAUGCUGGCUCUGUGAGCUCGAAUACUUCCUCGUUCCGUAAACGCUUUGGUUUCAGUUUACACCGCGAGAAUUCGUCCAAGUCCGAUGGAGAGAGUAAGGUCAGUUCCCUUAUUCGGACCUUGAGCAAGAGCAAAAAUUCUGGGGAUUCGGAUCAGAAAGUUUCUCUGUUCCGAUCUAGGUCCACAGAUACGGACACUAGGAUGGCAGAACUUUUGCGUCCAGUCUCUAGAGAUCGUCCUUCCGUAUAUGGUGCCUUCGCAUCGGAGGAGAGUAUCCAUCGCCCAGGAAGCGCUCACAAUGACUCUUCUGUCGACGAAUCAUCUUCGACCUCGAACAAAGAACCGGGGAGGGUCCGGAGGAAGCGUAGGAGCUCUCUUUCCGAUCUACAACCCCCCUCAACACCAACAAAGCCACCGAUCCUUUCACCCAUUGAACCACUUAAGCCGUCUCCAAAGCCCCGUCCUCAAUCAGAGGUACUGGCUUCCACAAAACCGUCGCAGCCGCGAAGCAGCCCGACCGGGGAAUCGCCUAGCAGGCUGCCACAGUCGCCACGAUCUCCAACACGACCGGCAUCGCCUACGCGGCGGCCUGCUACUCCAAUUCGGCCUGGAUCUCCAGUCCGCAAAGAAAACUACCCACCGAGGUCGACGUUGACUGAACGGGCUAUAAACAAAAAGACUGAGGGCCCUUUGUCACCAGCUACAAGGAAGAAGCGCUCCGAUACACUCUCGAGCAUUCCUCAGCCGACAAAGAUUGUAGCAGCCAAAGAGCGUCCUGUAAGCUCUCAUGGUGCCGAAACUUCUACGAAGCGUGAACGGGCUUGGUCUUCUCCGCAAAAACCGCAGAGACUUCGGAUGCAGAGCCCCCAGAAGCUGCGGGAUCGUCUCCUGAAUGAAAAGAGGGCACAAGCAUCGGCGGGGUCGGCUUUUCAAGCGGAGCUUGACCUUAUUGGCGAAGAAAUUUCUGCUCUCAAGCUCUCACCUACGCAGCAGUCGCGGUCUAACAUGAAGAAUAAUACCUCGCCAGGCUCACCGAGCUCUGGUGCAGGCUUGGCUACUCGCGUUCGCAAUCUCGAAAAUCGAUUCUCCGCUUUCUUCACGGAUUUGGGCAGUCGCACAGCAGCCCUGGAAAGGGAUCUGGAAACAUCUUUGCUCGUCAGUGAGAGAAGAGCCAAAAAGCUGGAUGAACUGUACCGAGAAGCCAGUGCGGAGAACGAGGCCCUGUACGAACGGUUUAAUACCGAGCUGAGCAAGGUCGUGAAAGAUAUCCGCCUGGGCAAUGGUGAGGAAGCAUUGAAGGCGCAGCUGAGAGAGGCAUUGGAAGAAGUGGGGAGGGUGAAGAAAGAGAACCUGAGGUUGAAGAGGGAAGUGGGUGGUCUCAGAGCACAGCAAAUUGACGCCAGUCCACCCUCAAAAGAUGAAAAUGAGGCAUGA